AUGAGCGCCCGGUCGAAAGCACCAAUUACCGUAAGGGUACCGUCGUCCGAAGUAGUAGGCCCAGCGUUCACAUCUCGAGAAGUCAACUUAUUUUAUGACAAGAUUAUGCAGAAAAUGGAUGGUGUUGAAUACGAGCUUCACCAAACCAAACGCGGUCUUGAGCGACUACAAAGAGCCAUCCCACCACUCCCGCAGCCGCAGAAGCUAUAUGAUAAGAUUGUCUCUCUAUGUUUCGAUCAUCAUUCAUGUACUGAAGCUGUCACCAGCCUAGAAAAGAAAGUCCGCCGUCUGAGCCUCUCCUCUAAGCCUUUUAAGGAGCGCCUUCUUGAAAUAGAUUCCUUUGUUCUGGAAGUAGAUAACCUUCGUCUCCAGUUCCUAUACUGCAGAUCGCAACUGCGAACCCUCUAUUCAGUCCCUCCAUUGCUUAUCGCCUUGGACAAGAUGUCGAGAGAAUUUUGGGAGAGUCUCAUGAACCAACCACAAGAGGUAGACGGAGAUGAACCCCUCCUGAUGGACUUAAAACUUAUUGAGAACGUGACUUCGGAUCAUCUGGAAACACUCUGCACGUUGCGCUCGGACUUGAACAACUUCCGCAAAGAGGCCGAAAAUAUGGAAGGAGAAGAUGUCCUCAGUUUCGAAAAAGAAGUCCACAAUCAACUUGCUCGCCUUGGACAGCAGAUACUGGACUCCAAAGAUUCCAUUAUAGAGGCCCUGGAAGCCAAGAACAAUUCGCCGGACCAAAGUCAGCCAAAACACAACAGUGCAUACCAGCAAAACGGCGCCGAGGGAAUCAUGCCGAUUCGUGAAGAAAGCCGUAUAAUUGAGGAUAAUAUCAACUUCAUGGAAGGGGUGGAGGAACUCGGAGCCAAUGAACAGAAUCCCGAAGAGCAGGAUGACGACGCAGAAGGAGAAGAGUCCGAAGAAGAAACCCAUGAUGCAGAGGAUGAAGUUUCUGAAGAAGAGAUUCGUGAAUAUGAAGAUGAG